UUAGAAAAUAACAAGAGAAAACUUGAGAGGGCUGUAGCUACGUAGUGGUUGAACUGAAAACCGUGCGUGAAUGUGUUGUUUCUGUUUGCCAAAGAUGUCCGAAAUGACAAUUGAAUUUCGUAUAUUUACGUAAUUUUUUUAAAGAUUUUAUUUUAUUAAAAGAAUGUUCAUCGAAGAAACAUUACUUUCAGUGUUAAAUUUCUUUUCGUGUGCUGCAUUGAAAAUGUAAAUAUGUGUACAUAUUAUCAGUGAGUCCUUAUCAACAACUCCGAACUUUAAAAUGAGAAGAAAAUAAAUAAAAUAUAUUUUAAUGGAAGACCAAGUACUUUAAAGGAUUAAAUAUGUAGUAUUCCAUUGAAAGAAAUAGAUUAUCAUCGCGCAAUAAAUGUGCCAAGUCUUGAAAAAUAUAUCUAUGACUGAUAAGUGGAUUACUUUUUUCGUGAAAUGCAGCUGUAGGGCAACACAGUUCUUUAUGUACGCCUCUGAUCACAAUGCGAACAGGGACCACCAGUUUACAUGAUGAUACAGCUGGUUCUCCAAAACCCUCUGAAACUUCUUCUCAAGUUCAUGGUGUAAUUGAAAACCCCCUUUUUGAAAGGAGUAGUGAUGUUACAUCUCCUUCUGGUCCUCCCAGAAUACUAAGAGAAAUGUCUGAAAAUCAGAGGGACCGCAGAAAAAGUUUUGUUCAGCGCAGUUUACAAAGAUCUAAGUCUGUAAAAGAGUAUGUGGCUAAGAGCACUGCUUCAUUUUUUGGUCUUGAUGAAGAUACAGAACAGAAUAGUUUUCAAAGAUGGACGGAAAGGAGAAGAAGACUUCUCAGUAAAAGAUGGGGUGAACUUAAGUCUGAAGAUGAUACUCCACCUUUGGAAGAAAUUUCAUCUAGUCCUGCUGUGCCUCAACAAGCUCCAAGUCAACCUCAGCAAGUUGCAGCUUUAAGAAUACCAGCAAGUUCAGAUGGAGAUACAGUUGAUGCUGUACCUAAAAGAAGUGAUAGCAAAGCCAAUCGAAAUUCUACUUUGUUUCAAAAACAUAGAAGAAAAGAGCCUGCUCAUAAAAUUAUGGUUGAUGGUUUAGGACUUAUAUCAAAUACAAUUGUCAGGAGGUGUUCUACACGAAAUUUUUGGCCUAUUCGUUCAAGCCAUGCUGGAAGUGAUUAUUCAGCUACAAAUGUGGAUGGCGCUUUUAAUGAUGAACAACAAGAUAUCGGGCUUCCAUCGCAGCAGUUUUUUACAGAUACUAGUCAACUUGUCGAUGAUGUAUUUUUUGAGCAACAACCACCCAACUCAGUUGAUGCACAAAGUGAAAAACUCUUAGCUGCCAGAUUGUAUAUGCCUCAAACGACAGGAACACCUACUAUGGAUACAGUAGAUGCUGGAAGAACUAGUAGUCCUGCUUGGUCUCAGGCUCCUCCUCAAAUUGAACUUCCUAGUUCCAAUAUAGGAAUGAAAAGAAUUUGGAACAAACUUCUGGGCCAAGAGUUUCAAAACUUUGAUCGAAGACAAUAUGGAAUGGGUGUCAUAGGAAAAUCGUUACACAGAAAGAUCAGGCAGGACAGAAUCACUUCUGAUGUGAAACAACAAUUAGAAGAUAUUGAUGAUCAUAGACCUUUCUUUACAUAUUGGGUUACAACUGUCCAGAUUCUGGUUUUAGUCAUCUCACUUGCAGUUUAUGGAUUUGGCCCAUUUGGUGUGCGAAAAACUCAACGUUCUGGAGAGGUAAUGGUUACCAGUCUUCAUUUGCAACAAGUAGACUAUUUUGAGCCAGAUAAUUUUUGGAUUGGACCAAGAUCAGCUGAUCUGGUGCAUUUAGGGGCCAAAUUUACACCAUGCAUGCGAAGGGACAAAAAUAUUUUUGACUCAAUCGUACGAGACAGGGAACAAGAAAGAGACACUGCUUGCUGUGUUCGGAAUGACCAAUCUGGUUGUGUACAAACUUCUCGGGAUAAAUGCUCUGAGUUGAUAUCAUCUUGGAAGAAAUGGGAUACUAUGCAACCUGGUCCUCCUAGAUGGAUGGGGAUCCCUAACUCUAUAGCAAAAGAUCAUUUAGGCACUCAUAAAAGGCUUUCGGGCUCUGUGUGUGGACAGGACCCAAGGUAUUGCAAUGAGCCUGCAUCAGUAUUUCCUUAUGAAUGGCCAGAUGAUAUCACUAAAUGGCCAAUAUGUAGGGCUGUAGUUCCAGGUCAAGUUGCUGAACCUCACAUGUCAUGUGAAAUAGUAGGUAGGCCUUGUUGUAUUGGCAUCUAUGGUCAAUGCCACAUCACUACGAAAGAGUACUGUGAUUUUGUAAAGGGAUUCUUUCAUGAAGAGGCAGCUCUCUGUUCACAGGUAUCUUGCCUCGAUGACAUUUGUGGUAUGAUCCCUUUUCAUAAUCCUGAUGUGCCUGACCAAUUCUAUAGAAUCUGGACUUCCCUUUUCCUACAUGCAGGCAUCCUACACCUGCUGAUAACUGUGAUAAUACAAUAUUUCAUAAUGACCGAUUUAGAAAAGCUAAUAGGGGCUUUAAGAAUUAGCAUCAUAUAUAUAAUGUCUGGUGUGGGAGGAAACCUUGCAAGUGCGAUUUUUGUGCCAUACAGAGCUGAGGUUGGCCCAGCUGGUUCUCAGUUUGGACUUUUGGCAUGUCUGUUUGUUGAAGUAAUUCAUUGUUGGAAAAUGCUAAAGCAUCCAGGCAUGGCUCUCCUUCGACUGGGUGGUGUGGCUUUAGUUCUUUUUCUUGUGGGCCUUUUACCGUGGAUUGAUAACUACGCUCAUAUAUUCGGAUUUUUAUUUGGUUUUCUACUCUCUUAUGCUUUGUUACCUUUUGUAUCCUUCGGGACAUAUGACAAAGCAACUAAAGUUGUGCUGAUAUGGGUGUGUCUCUUUGUCGUCAUCAUCAUUUGUGUCGUUCUGCUUAUUUUCUUUUAUGUGCAUCCUAUAUAUGAGUGUUCAUUCUGUAAAUAUCUUAACUGUAUACCUUUGACUGCCGAUUUCUGUGAAAACCAAGACAUUGUAUUUAAAAGACCAGAAUACUGACAUCUGUAUAUUAUGAAAGACAUAUAUUGUUUUACUAGUCAUUCAGUGCUGGUGAAAACUGUGGCAAUGCUGUUUUUUAAACAUAUUUAAAAAUAAUCCGGUUGAAGUGCUCUAAUUUUUGUUUUGAUUUCAAAAUUAAGGGCAUGUGAACUUGUGUCGACAAGCCUACUUCAACGGACAAGCAUUUUUACUGCUGUGAUGUAACCUUAAUGAGGUGUUUAAAGACAAUUUUUUGUCAAUUUAUACUUAAUUUUCGAGAAUAACAAUUGUAAUAUUUUAUUAAAAAUCUAGUAAAAACUGCUGUGUGUUUUACUGUCAUCUCCCUAAUUAUGUUAAAAAGUGCAAUUAAAAUAUUGUGUACAAGUUU